GUGCAAUUGCAAACCAGUGAUAUAAAAGGAGGAUAAGAGCUGCUCCACCGGUCCCUUUCCUUCCAAUCAACAACCAAACAUACAUACUAAUAUAAAAACCGGCAACCAUUACCACACCUGAAUUCUCUGUAUAUAUGACUCUCUUUCAUCGGGUACUGCUGCUAAUAACCCUUCUUUCAAUUCAUCUCAUUUCCAUCGCAGCCCACCUUGAAUGGCCGCCACCGCCCACCACCGCCGCCACGGCGGCCUAUUCGAACAACCUUGUCGUCAGAGACAUUAUUCCCAGCUGGUUGCCUUCCAAGGAGAGGAAGUUGCUUCAAAUGUCGCCCGGGAAUAUGCGAAUCGACGCCGUGGUGGCGAGUGAUGGGUCGGGUCAAUUCGCCAGGAUUGGCGACGCGCUGAAGGCCGUGCCGGAUAACAGCGGUACGAGGUUUGUGAUUUAUGUUAAGGAGGGCGUUUAUGUGGAGAAUGUGGUGGUGGAGGCGACCAAGUCGAAUGUGAUGAUAAUCGGCGACGGCAUGGAUUCGACUGUUGUUUCCGGCAGCUUGAGCACUGCUGAGGAAAGUUCAAUGUUCAGCACUGCAACAUUUGGUGUGUUGGCCACGGAUUUCAUUGCUUGCGACAUUGGGUUCGAGAACACCGCCGGAGCUGCCAAGAAUCAAGCGGUGGCGCUAGCCGCAGCCGGCGACCGGGGAGUCUUCUACCGGUGCAAAAUGGUGGGGUUCCAAGACACGCUAUACGCUCAAUCCAACCGUCAAUUCUUCCGCGACUGCGCCAUCUACGGCACAAUCGACUUCAUCUGCGGCGACUCCGCCGCCGUGUUCCAGAACUGCGACAUCCGCCCCCGGCGCCCACUGCCGGGGCAGUUCAACAGCAUCACCGCCCAGAGCCGAUCCGACCCGAGCAGCCAAACCGGGUUCUCAUUCCAGGACUGUCGAAUUACGGCGGCGGAGGAUCUCUCCGGCGUCCAGACGUUCUUGGGGCGGCCGUGGAUGAGCUAUUCGAGGACAAUUUUUAUGCACACGUAUAUGGAUUCUGUGAUUGAUCCCCGGGGAUGGGUGGGGUGGACCAGCAGCGUCGCCCCCGACACCGUUUACUACGCGGAGUUUGGGAAUUACGGCCCCGGCGCCGCCACGGCGAACAGAGUUGAGUGGAGGGGAUUGCAUUUGGGGAUUAGUAGUGCCGAAGCUGCGAGAUUUAGCGUUGAUUCUUUUAUCGGUGGAAGCUCUUGGCUUCCCGGAACCGGUGUUUCCUUCAACCCUGGAACGGAAGCGGGGAAUGGAUUUGAUGUUUUUGUAGGGAGUUGCGACAACACAAAACUGAACACGGCUGUAUUGCUCAUAUGUUUGUUGAUUAAUGUUACGUUGUUGCGUGGGGUAUUUGAGGAGUGAAUUGAAGGUUUAGAAUACUUUUAUGUUUAUUCAUUAUUAUUAUUAUUAUUAUUAUUUAUUCUUAAAUUA